AUGUUCAGCGCCUUCUUCGACCAUGACCCCUUCCACCACAUGGCCGCCAUGCCUCCCGCCCUCCCGUACGAAAAGUACUUUUCCCCACCUCCACCCAGGAGACAACGACAGCACGGUCAUCAUCAUAACCAUAAUCAUAACCACCACCGCCAUGCAUUCCACCCGGACGCUUCUCCCCCAAGCUACUUCUCCUCUUCCCCCUCUCCAUCCCCAGACCAAGACCAAGACCACGAUCAUGAUCCCUACUUCCACUCCGACUCUGACACUAGUCUCCGCAUCCCAGCAGCACCGCUACCUCAUCGCUACACUUCAAGCAGCAGCAACAACAACAACAACAACAACAACAACAACAGCAAGAAGAAGAACGGGCCGUCCCAUAGUAAUGGUACUAGUGGAACUGGUAGUAUGACGAUGCUAGGCGCAACACCAGGAUUCCGCCGCACAACGCUCAAGCUGGCGCGCCGCACGUUUGAAAAGAUAAAUGCCAUGCAUCCUUCUUCUUUUUCUUCUUCUUCUUCUUCGUCGUCGGCAGCGGUGCUCAUUCUGCCAGACCUACUAACGCCGCUGCUGGUUACCGUGUGGAAUCCUACUAGUACUACUGCUGCGGGGGCAGCGUACACGCUGCGGGCUACUGUGGCGGGCGACAUGCGGUUCUGCGAUGUGGUGAGACAGAUUGUAGGUGAUGAACAGCAGCAGCAGCAGGGGGGCGAGGUGGUGAGGGCAUAUGUCAAGGUGAGGGGUGAGUGGCAGGAGCCCGAGGCUUGUUGUCGGGUGAGUGAGUUUGUGGAGCAAGUGGGGAGUAGUAGGUAUGUGGGCGAGGUUCAGGUUAAGAUUGAGGUUGGAGGGGGCAGUCGUGUUGGUGGUAUUGGAGACGGAGCUGUUUCUGGGGGGAGACGCGGGUUCGCGGCAUGGGAAAGGGAGACGGGGCGGGCGUGGGAAAUUCGAGAGUAA